AUGGUAGUUGCACCAGAAAAGAUGGUAAAGCUAGGGUUUGGGUAUACUAUCUGCUACGAGUCGAUAGUCUCCUACGACAUUGCUUUACUGAAAUUAGCUUGGCCUAUUGAGUUCUCCGAGUCGGUUUUGCCUGUCUGUCUUCCGCAUAAUAGGAAGAAAUUCAGCAACAAGAAAGCGGUCGUAACCGGAUGGGGGAAAGAUAACUCCUCUGGCAAUGUACAGGAGAGGUUACAUGAAGUUACAGUCAAGGUUUUCUCGACGAAGAAGUGUAGAAAGAAGUCAGAAUAUCAGAAGAAGGAAGUUCAUAAGGACAUUGUCUGUGCAGCGUCUAAUAAUAAAGAUGCUUGCCAGGUAAAUCUCAGGUUUACGGUCGUAACCGGAUGGGGGAAAGAUAACUCCUCUGGCAAUGUACAGGAGAGGUUACAUGAAGUUACAGUCAAGGUUUUCUCGACGAAGAAGUGUAGAAAGAAGUCAGAAUAUCAGAAGAAGGAAGUUCAUAAGGACAUUGUCUGUGCAGCGUCUAAUAAUAAAGAUGCUUGCCAGGGCGACAGCGGCGGGCCUCUGGUAGUUCUCGAGAGCGACUCCUACACUCAGAUCGGCGUGGUGUCUUGGGGCAUCGGCUGCGCGGAGGCGGACUACCCCGGCAUCUACACCCGUGUCUCAUCGUAUAUGAGGUGGAUCAAGGACAAUACGCAAGAGGGCGUUCAGUGCCGAGGGCCUUCAAUUAAGGUAAAGGAUAAGAAUAAGAAUAAGAAUAAGAAAAACAAGAGGAAUAAGAAUAAGAAUAAGAAGCAAAAGAAGGACAACAAGGAAAACGAGGACGAAGACGAGAAUAACAACAGAAAAAAGAACAAACCCGCUCUCACCGGCCAGAUCUUGAAACUCACCGGCGGAGAAACAAACACGCGGGAAAAUAACAAGAACAGGAACAAGAACAAGAACAAGAAUAAGAAUAAGAACGAAAAUAAAGGAGGGAACAAAAAAUGGCCCAAUCUCAACCAAGCACUCAAGGAAAUCACUGAGACAUUUGGAGACUUGCCCUUGCACUCUUCUCAGUAGUUUUGCACAUUUGUCGCGCAAAAGGCUCUCCAAUGUUGCCAUAGCUGCGGAAACUUGAGUGUUUUUUUUUUGACUGACUGCCACUUUGAAAGGCAUUUUCAGCUAAAGUUUUAUUUUUCCCCCGAGAAACAUUAGACACAUAGAAAUUAUAAUAAAUAGAUAAAUGAAUAAAUAUAGGGCAGAGACAACAAAACAAAAAUAAAUAAAAGAUAUAAAUUUCCAGUCUGGUUUAGAGAUAAGCUUUUUAAUAUGGUCUCGAAUUUGUAAUACAAAUGAGGCAUUUUUGAGUGACUUCGGUGUUAUAUUUAUUGGGGUAAAAUUUUGGGGACAAGUGUUUGGUGGCAUUAUUAUUCAUAUCUAUAUCAUGACUCAUAUUUAUAUAUCAUAUAUAUAUAUUUAUAUAUAUUUAUUUCACUGAUUAGCAUUUAAUUACCUUAUACAUGAAUUUUAUUUAUCUGGCGAUUUUUUCGCGUUGUUGAUUAAUAUAUAAAACUAAAUCCUAUUGUAGGCGAUGUUGUAUGACUUCAAUACACGGUUAUUUGUU